AAAUGUGAAAGCAGGUUUCUGCUGCUUGUUAUCCUCGGCGAGCUUUUGGGCCUCCAGCUCCACGUUCCUCUGUCUGAAACGCUCUCUCUGACCGGAGACGAUCAGGAGGAGGGAGUCAGCCCCGCCAUCACUGCCCACCACCGUCUCUCUCCCUCCCCCUCCUCCCACAUCCCGCAGGACCUCAGACAUUAUGCUGGCAGAAGAAGAACCGGUGGCUUGACCCUG